AUGCGGUCCUCUGUGUCCCGCCAGACUUACUCCACGAAAGGAGGCUUCAGCUCUAACUCAGCCAGUGGAGGGGGCGGGAGUCGCAUGCGAACCAGCUACAGCUCAGUCACCAUGUCCAGGAGUAGUGGCAGCGGCGGUGGGGUCCGCUCUUGCUCCGGCUCUGGCGGCUUUGGCAGCCGGAGCCUCUAUAAUCUGGGAGGCAAGGGCAUCUCUGUCAGUGUGGCUGCUGGGGCCUCUUCUGGCCGGGCGCUAGGAGGUUUUGGCAGUGGGGCUUACGUGGGCCUAGGGGCUGGCCGGCAGACAUUUGGGCCAGUCUGUCCUCCUGGGGGGAUCCAGGAAGUCACGGUCAACCAGAGUCUGCUGACACCUCUCAAUGUGGAGAUAGACCCCGAGAUCCAGCGGGUGCGCACGCAGGAGCGGGAGCAGAUCAAGACCCUCAACAACAAGUUUGCCUCCUUCAUUGACAAGGUGCGCUUCCUGGAGCAGCAGAACAAGGUGCUGGAGACCAAGUGGGCCCUGCUGCAGGAGCAGAGUCAGAAUACAGGGGUCACCAGGAACCUGGAGCCUCUCUUUGAGACUUACCUGAGCAACCUGAGGAGGCAGCUGGAUGCCAAGCAGAGCGAGCGUGGGAGGCUGGAUAUGGAGCUGAGGAACGUGCAAGACAAUCUGGAGGACUUCAAGAACAAGUACGAGGAUGAAAUCAACAAGCGCACUGCCUUGGAGAAUGAAUUUGUGUUGCUCAAGAAGGAUGUAGAUGCUGCAUAUAUGGGCAGAAUGGAUCUGCACGGCAAAGUGGACACCCUGACCCAGGAGAUUGACUUCCUGCAGCAUCUCUUUGAGACGGAGCUGAGCCAAGUGCAGACCCAUGUGUCUGACACCAACGUGGUGCUGUCUAUGGACAACAACCGCAGCCUGGACUUGGACAGCAUCAUUGCUGAGGUCAAAGCCCAGUACGAGCUGAUUGCCCAGAAGAGCCGGGCUGAGGCUGAGUCCUGGUACCAGACCAAGUACGAGGAGCUGCAGGUGACAGCUGGGAAGCAUGGGGACAGCCUUCGAGACACCAAAAACGAGAUCGCAGAACUCACCCGCACUAUCCAGAGACUGCAAGGUGAAGUGGACGCAACCAAGAAGCAGUGCCAGCAACUGCAGACAGCCAUUGCAGAAGCAGAGCAGCGUGGGGAGAUGGCGCUCAAGGACGCUAAGAAGAAGCUUGGAGAUCUAGACACAGCCCUGCACCAGGCCAAGGAGGACCUGGCCCGGCUGCUGCGUGACUACCAGUCUCUCAUGAAUGUCAAGUUGGCCCUGGAUGUGGAGAUCGCCACCUACCGCAAGCUGCUGGAGAGCGAGGAGAGCAGGAUGUCUGGAGAGUGUCCCAGUGCUGUCAGUAUCUCGGUGACCGGCAACUCUACCUCGGUGGUCGCAGGCGGCGCGGCAGGCUUCGGGAGCGGCCUCUCUCUAGGCGGGGCUGGCGGUGCCAGCAAGGGCGGCUUCAGUGCUAACAUGAGCUACGGCACUGCCAAGGGCGGGCAGGUCUCCGGGGGCACCUCCAUCCUGCGGAAGACCACCACUGUCAAGACCUCUAGCAGGAGAUACUAG